AUGGAACCAGAAAUGAGCGAACAUAAAGAUCUUUUGGCAACAUCGCCUGAUGAAAUUGCAUUCAUUAAAAAAACAAAUAUUAUCAAGAAUGUUGAAGGUGCACCCGAAGACAAAAACAAAUUUAUUCAAGUUAUUCGACCACUGUUGGUUGAACUCAUCGGUACAACUUUGUUUGUACUCAUUGGUAUGUGGGGUGCUUGCUCCAAUGGUGGUGUGAUCGCCGCAGCAUUAUCUUUUGGUCUCGCUUUAAUGGUUCUAGCAGCUAGUUUCGGACAUAUUUCCGGCGUUCAUUUCAAUCCAGCUGUUACACUUGGUGUCUUGAUUGCUGGUGAAAUGCAAGCAGUUUUGGCUGUUCUCUAUGUCAUCAUGCAACUAUUAGGAGGUAUUGCUGCUGGCGGUCUUUUACGCUUAUUACUUACAGGACAUACUUACAAUGCAUGCAAAGGUGGAGCUACAUUAUUAACAACCUAUGUCGUUGCUAAUGAAACCAAUGGUCGAGGAAUAACUUAUACCUAUGAAGAAGUCGGAAUCUGGCAAGGUAUUGCAAUUGAAUUUAUUGUAACAUUUGUUCUUGUUACCGUCAUUCUCAUGGUUGCGCUUGAUACAAAAUCAAAAACAGGUCUUGCUCCAAUUCUUAUUGGAUUUACAUUGGCUGUGAAUAUCCUUGCUGUUGGUGCUUACACCGGUGGUUCACUCAACCCAGCUCGUUCACUUGGUCCAGCUAUUUUUGCUAAUCAAUGGGAAAAACACUAUGUUUAUUGGAUUGGUCCAAUUGUUGGUGCCAUUGUUGCUGGUUUUCUCUAUCGAACGGUCUGGGCUCAUUAUGAUCGUCGUAUGUUUGUUAAACGUGCAGGAGCUACAACAGCUAAAGCUGUCAAAGCUUAA